AAACGAAGUCAAAUCUCACCUUCAGACAAAUAACAAGAUUAGAAUAAUUAAUUUCUAUCUUAAUUAAUCCAGUUUAUAUUUUAUAUUUUUCUUUCUUUUUUCUUUAAAUUAGCAAAUUCCAAUUAAAUUUAAUCAAAAUGAUUAACGUUUGCAGGACUAUCAGAGGUACUUUAUUCUCAGCUGCUCGUCAACUUAGUGGCCUACAAUCAUCAAGAAAUAAUACAACAGUUACUUUGAUUCCUGGUGAUGGUAUUGGACCAGAGAUUUCCAAAUCUGUUCAAGAGAUUUUUGAAGUUGCCAAGGUUCCCAUUGAAUGGGAAAUUGUUGAUGUUACUCCGGUCAGAUAUCCGGAUGGUAAAUAUGGUAUCCCAACCAAAGCGAUAGAAUCUUUUCUCAAGAAUAAAAUUGGUUUAAAAGGACCUCUUGCUACACCAAUUGGUAAAGGACAUAGAUCUCUCAACUUGGAAAUUCGAAAAGUUUUUUCACUUUAUGCUAAUGUGAGACCAUGUCGUUCAAUCGAAGGCUAUCAAACUCUGUAUGAUAAUGUUGAUGUAGUUACUAUUAGAGAAAACACUGAAGGUGAAUACAGUGGUAUUGAACACGAGAUUGUUCGUGGUGUUGUACAGAGCAUUAAGCUCAUUACCGAACCUGCAAGUCGUCGAGUAGCUGAAUAUGCUUUCAAUUAUGCCAAAGCUAAUGGACGUAAAACUGUCACCGCUGUACAUAAAGCUAAUAUUAUGCGUCUUUCUGAUGGUCUCUUCCUUCAAUGUUGCCGAGAAGCAGCUGAAAAACAUCCUGAAAUUAAAUAUAAAGAAAUGUAUCUUGAUACUGUUUGUCUAAAUAUGGUUCAAGAUCCAAGUCAAUUUGAUGUUCUGGUCAUGCCAAACCUUUACGGUGAUAUUUUGAGUGAUCUGUGUGCUGGUCUAGUUGGAGGUCUUGGUCUAACUCCCAGUGGUAACAUUGGUAAAGAUGGAGCUGUUUUUGAAUCUGUUCACGGUACUGCCCCUGAUAUCGCUGGUCAAGAUAAAGCCAAUCCAACUGCUCUUCUUCUCAGUGCUGUGAUGAUGCUUAGAUUCAUGGAUCUUGCUGACCAUGCAAAUAACAUUGAGAAUGCCUGUUUAAGUGUUAUCAAGGAGGGUAAAUUGUUGACCGCUGAUUUAGGAGGUUCUGCUAAAUGUUCUGAAUUCACCGCAGAAAUUUGUUCUCGUCUAGUUUAAAUUUAUCUUCUCACUUCCUCCUUCUCCUCCUCCCUCCCUCUCUUACUCUCUUUUUUCCUUUCUCUUUCUCCAUCUUUCUCUCUCUCUCUCUCUUCUUUCUCCUUUUAAUUUAUUAUUAACAAAGAAAAUCAACAUCAAAAACCAUAGCAUUGAAUGAGAGAGAAACAAUUGAAACAAUUAGAUCCAAAUCAACAAUCAACACUAAAAAAAGGACAAUUCAUCUAUUUCGAGACAGUGAACUGCUUAAAAUGAACAUUCUGACAAUUAAAUUAAAUCACCAAUGAUUAAGGUAAUAGUUUACUCUAAGACUAUUCAAUGUACUUAUACAACAUUAGUUUAAUGUUAAAGUAACAUCCAAAAUCUCAAACAUUUAAAUUGUUUCCCAAAUUUUUGCAAACAUAAUUGAGUUAACCAGUUAAAUUUAAUUUCUAACUAAUCAAUUACACAAUUUAAUCAACAUUAGUUUAAAUCCCUUUUGAAAGCAACCCGAUGAUGAAAUGUAAUUAAAUAACAAUGUGUCAAAAAUUAUAUGUUUCAAAAAUCAAGAAACAAUUAAAAAAACGAAGAUACUAAUACAAUCAACAAAGUAAAUUUAA